UGUGCUUCUGGGUUAGGGUGGGUUUUUUUCUCUCUAUUUCGUAACGUGUUUUAGCAUAUAUGUGCUAGUACAGGUGUUUGUGUCUUUUUACCUCUGCGGUGUAGCUAAUUGGAGCUUUUUUUUUUUUUAAACUAACCUUAUUCAAACAGUGAUACAACUGAUCGUACACGUAGCUAGCUAACGUUAAAUCCAUAAGUUACCUGUAUAACAGAAGCUAACGUUAGCUUGCUAUCGACAUAGUUAGGUUUUUGUAUCAACGUUAGAAUGGGUGAGGAAACUAUCGACAACCCCAUUAACACAGGCAGUGGAGCCGCUAAUUACACCAAUGUUGAGGGAAAUGGCGAAACAGUAGAAUGUGGUGUAAAAUAUUACACAUUAGAAGAAGUGAGAUCGCAUAAUGUGAGCACUGACACAUGGCUCAUCAUCCACGAUAAAGUGUACGACAUUACAGGUUUCCUUGAAGAGCAUCCGGGAGGCGAGGAAGUUUUGCUGGAGCAGGCAGGUGCAGACGCAACAGAGAGUUUUGAGGAUGUGGGUCAUUCCACAGAUGCCAGGGAGAUGCUCCAGCAGUACUGCGUUGGGGAGCUUCACAUGGAUGACAGAAAAAAGGAGAACGCAAAGGAUGAAGAUGCAGAGAACUCAGGGGAGUUCAGCCACUUCUGGACAGCGUGGUUGAUGCCAGCUAUUGUUGCAGUGGUCGUUGCUGUCAUGUAUCGCUACUACUACGUGUUUGAACACAAGUCUUCUUGAGUGCUGGCAACCUGUUUCCAUCUCAUUCUUUUCAUCUGGAUGCCUUGAAAUGUUUGACCAAAACCUCCUCGCACUGAAAGCACACAGCAGUGUCUGCGUCCUCUGCAACAAGAAGAGGGAAGCAGUUUGAUAAAGUGCUUUAGUCCUUGUCCCGUCUACAUAGAGUGCACCAAACAGACAGUUGGCCAGAGACUUUAAGUUAUCUGCCUUUAGUUUCUUUGUAUUCCAUUGUCACUAUGCACGUUGUCAUUAAUGUUUAACGUUGUCUUUAACUUAAAGUUUCAUAUGCAUUUGACCCAUUUUAGUCUGUAUGUUUAUUACCCAUUUUCCUGCUCAGAUAAAGGUUAUGUGAACAGCCUGGUAUACAAACACCAUCAUUACACUGAUAGACAAAAUGGAAACAUUGAAUGAGAUCUUAGGAUGCAGAAUGGUGAUGCCGUCAAGGUAAUGGUUAACCGUGACCAUUCUACUUUUUUACACUGAAUUAUAACUUCCAAUGCAUUUCUUUAGCAGUUUUUACUGCUACCUUAAUGUCAAUAAGAAUCAGGAGUUCAUUUCAUUCACUACUUGCUGCACAAUCCUAGUUAAGCAUUUCUUUAUUGCAUUUAUCACUUGUUGUAAUGGUUGUAAAUGCAAAAUCUUUCCAAUUAUGAAAUUGCGGUGUCAAACUAUUCUGUCUGUUCUUUUUGAAAAUAGUGAGUUAUAUUGUAUCAGUGAUUAUUUAAGGUAGAAUGUAUUCUGACUUGUCUCAUUUUUCUACAGUUCUGUUAUCAGGAGCUUGUGUAGAUGGUCAUACUGCCUGAUCUGAUGUGAAUAUAAAUGUAUGUGGUAUGUAGUUAUAAUACCAUAAUGUUUUAUUACCCAGAUACAAUAGCUGACAGUGAAUGACGAGUGAAUACCCUGAAGAAUAUAGUGAAGAAAUAUUUGUUAUUCGACAGUUCCGUUUUAAAAUCUUAAUGUUCCUCACUA